GUUCAACUGCAGGGCGUAUUCCCGGAGGGCAGUUGGGGAGCGCAGAUCCCGGAGCAGCGCUGGGAGCGUAAGUGCGGGCAGAGCACUGCGCCGUUUGGGAACGCAACUUUGAGGAGACAGUACGGUGGUUCUGGAGGCUGGGAAGUCCAAGACCAGUUGGCUCGCAUCUGGUGAGAGCCUUCUUGCUGCAUCAUCCUAUAGUGGAAGUCAUCACAUGGUGGAAGCGCAAAGAGAGGGCCAUACUUGUCCUUUUAUAAUGAACCUACUACUCCUGCAAUAACAGCAUAAUCUAUUCAUGAGGGUGGAACCCUCAUGGCCUAAUCAGCUCUUAAAGAUUUCAGUGAAGUUCCUUAUGACUUCCCCUGAAAUUGCUUCCUUAUCAUGGGGGCAAAUGAAAGUAAAAGGCUCUAAUACAACCUAUAAGGACUGCAAAGUAUGGCCAGGGGGCAGUCGGACUUGGGAUUGGAGAGAAACAGGAACUGAGAGUCUCACUCUGUUGCCCAGGCUGGAGUGCAGUGGCGCGAUCUCGGCUCACUGCAACCUCCACCUCCCAGGUUCAUGCCAUUCUCCUGCCUCAGCCUCCCAAGUAGCUGGGACUACAGGUGCCUGCCACCACACCCAGCAUUCUCCUGGUGUGCAGCCUGCAGAUGUGAAGGAAGUUGUUGAGAAGGGUGUACAGACUCUUGUGAUUGGCCGAGGGAUGAGUGAGGCCUUGAAGGUGCCUUCAUCAACUGUGGAGUACCUCAAGAAACAUGGCAUUGAUGUGCGGGUCCUCCAGACAGAGCAGGCAGUGAAGGAGUAUAAUGCCUUGGUUGCCCAAGGGGUCAGGGUGGGAGGUGUCUUCCAUUCCACCUGCUGAUGGAGCCUUAAGAGGAGAAUAAAGCACUAAGUGCCUA